AUGACGACGGGCACUUCCCCGAUGGCCGAUGUUCACAUUGAACGCGACGUUGACGCCUCUUCUCCCCCACUGCGGACCAUCCCUAUUUCAAGUCCAACCUCUGGCUCAACACAGCCGAUACCGAUUCAGCAGUCAAGGAUAGCGGAACGUUCUGCCGUAGCUCAAGCUGACGGCCUGGUCAACAAUAGCCCUGGCGAUACCGAUGGCGUUUUCGAAACUGACGACGACGACUUCGUAGCCGUGGAUCACGAUGAUGUUGCAGAUUGUGCUUGGUAUUUCCGCCAGCCAACGCUUCCAAAACCAACGCCGCUUGAUGAACUUCAUCCUUUCGUUCAAAUAUUAUCCGCAUCAAAUGUUGAUGAUUGUGUUCACGUUGAAUCGGCUUUUCCGGAGCAUGAGAGGUGCUCCAGAGAAAAGAUUCUUUACCGUCUCACCAAAUGUCCGGAACUUUCGCUUGGAAUUUUCUCGCGCCCACGAAUGACAUCAAAUGAAGAGAAACCAGAAGCCACCCUCGUUGCCCAUAUAUUAGCAACAAGAACCCCUGCGCCUGCAGUAAGCGAUGCUUCGAUGGGAUUACCUGAAAAUUGGCGAGAGAGGUCAUCGACUUUGCCGGAUGCAGCCGGAGUUGAGCCGCUGGGCCAUCAGGAUCAGGGAUCGACAAUUGCAGUUCACUCGCUUGCAGUUAUCCCAGAGCAUCAAGGGAAGGGCCUCGGCAAAACAUUACUGAAAGCCUAUGUCCAAAGGAUCAAGGACGCAAGAAUCGCCGAUCGCAUUGCUCUACUGUCCCAUGAUCAUUUGGUUCCCUUCUACACAAACCUUGGCUUUAAGAAUUGCGGGCCAAGCGAAUGCACCUUUGGGGGCGGUGGCUGGUACAGUUUGGUAAGUACAACUACAUGUAUUGCACCCUGA